UCCACGUCAUGGAUUUAGCCUCGCUUUCACUUGUGUGUCGACAGCAUGUCGAUUAUUUCAAGACGUAAAGUACGUCCUUGCUCUUUUUUAGCGGGUGCAUGCAAAUUGUUGAACAUUCUCCCCCGAAUCUCGUUUUGUGUUUGUAUUAAAGGGUCCUGUUCUCGUCUUAUUCACUGUAAACAGCCAGUGUUUUCUAGCUAGCUGGAUGCUGUAACUUGAAAGUAGCCGAUAAUAGGUACCGUUGCAUUUUAGCUACAUUACCUAGCUAGGUUAGAGUUAGCUACUUUGGAUUUGAUGCUAAAGAGAAGGUUAGACUGUUACACAGUCUGUGUGUAACAGUCGAAGAAGAUCAAAGUGUCUGAAGAAAAUGGUCCAGUAUUGACAUUAUGGAACGACAGUGAUAAAAGCCAACUAUCGCAGCUAGGUAGUUAAAUUAGUUAGCUAACCUAGCUAGGAUAGGAUAGCUAAUGCUAGCUAGCUAGUCUCAUUCGCGAAUGCUUUGGCAGAAACAUCACAGCUUGUUUUUUGUCCUGUGCCAGAUGUGGGGAAGAAUAUUUUUGAGCUCCAAAGUGUUAAACAGAUUUUUUUUUACGUGGGGUCAGAGGUAUUUAUUCACCAUGCAGCUGAAAACCAAGGAGUUUGAGUCAUUAUUCACCGAUGGAUUGAAUAGUCUAGCAGAUGUUUUUAAGAAGCAUCAGUUUGAGCUUAGGAUCGCUGGAGGGGCGGUGCGGGACCUGUUGUCUGGAAAACGACCCGAAGACGUGGAUUUCGCUACAACGGCAACACCUGAGGAAAUGAAACACAUGUUCAGUGCCGCAGGGAUAAGGAUGAUCAACAACAAGGGAGAGAAACAUGGGACAAUCACUGCUAGGCUGCAUACUGAGAACUUUGAGGUGACCACUCUGCGUGUGGACGUACUGACAGAUGGACGACACGCAGAAGUGGAGUUCACCACAGACUGGCAAAAAGAUGCAGAACGCAGAGACCUCACCAUCAAUUCUAUGUUUCUUGGUUUGGAUGGGACCCUGUAUGAUUACUUCAAAGGUUAUGAGGAUCUCCAGAACAGAAAAGUUCGGUUUGUUGGAAAUGCUGCACUCAGGAUACAGGAAGACUAUCUGCGAAUUCUAAGAUAUUUCAGAUUCUAUGGACGUAUUGCAUCCGAGCCUGGCCAGCACGAUACGGACACGCUGGAGGCGAUCCGGGAGAACGCCCGUGGUUUAGCGGGAAUCUCGGGAGAGAGGAUCUGGGUGGAGCUGAAGAAGAUGCUGGUGGGGAAUCAUGCUGCUCACCUCCUGGAGCUCAUUUAUGAGCUCGACCUGGCUCAGUACAUAGGUCUCCCAGCAGGGGGCAGUGUUGAGGAAAUGAAACGGGUCUGCCAGAGGGUGCAAGGUAGCUCUCCAAAGCCCAUGACUGUGCUCUCGGCUCUGUUCCGCAACCUAGACGAUGUUGAGAGGCUUGACUUGCGACUGAAGAUCUCCCGAGAGGAGAAGAAUCUUGGCUUUUUUCUGGUCAAGCACAGACGAGACCUCAUUAAGAGCCGAGAUGAGCAUGAAGUCCUUAAACCAUACACAGACUUCAUCACCGAUUGCCGAGAGCCGGACGCACAGAGUAAAGUGCUCGAGCUGCUGAAGUACCAGGGCGAGGCGACACUCCGGGUGCAACUGAGCCACUGGUCCAUUCCCCGAUUCCCUGUCAGUGGGCAUGAUCUGCGCAGGCUGGGAAUCACAUCUGGCAAGGAGAUUGGCAUGACCUUGCAGGAUCUCCGCGAUGCCUGGAAGAAGAGCAGCUACCAGCUGAACAAGGAGGAACUCCUAAGCACCAUCCACAGACCCUGAUUUAAGACCUAAGGCUCCAGGGACUCCAAAGUUGGGGCUGGCCAUCUCAGUGCAGUGAUGCCAUAUUCAUUUAAAGGAGUGCAGCAGGUGUGUUCUGCUCCUACCUUCAUGUUAUGUAUGGCUAAUAUGGAGAUGAGAAAGGCGGCGAAAGGCUUAAGUGUUGCGGCAUGUAGAGAUUUUGGCAAGCUCCUAACUAUCCCAACUACAUGAGAGAGCUAGGAACAUUUGUAUUAAGAUGGAGACUGUGAGCACUAACUGUGUCUGCUCACUGCAUCUAAGAAGAACUGGGCUCCAGCUUGGCCAAAAAUAGAAAUCUGAAGAAAUAAACAAGAGUGAGCCCAUAUUCAGUGCAUGAGUCAUGGCUUUGAUGGACAGUACCUCCAAACCCCUUUCUGCUCAAACCAUAAUGAUCAUGACCAAGGUUUAAUUUUCUUCCUGCACUAUUAUGAGUGAAUUAAUUUGGGAUUUGUUAUUCAUUCAUGAUGUAAUUUUGGAGAGCUUUUUCACAGUAGCUGAUAUAAUAGCUAAUAUAAUUUGCCUUGCGUUCUUAAGUAAUCAUGACCAUUUUCCUCACCCGGAAUGUAGAGGUUGCAGAUAUAUCAAUUGGAGAAUUGGAGUGAUUAUUGUUUGGAAAGGAAAAUUAGUUGCUGCUUCUAUAAUGUGGGAUUUCUUUAUGAUGCAAGGUGGAGAAAAUACAAGCUUCUGGGUGGUUGUGUAACAAUCAUAUCCUACUCUGAAAUAAACUAGAAUUAGGGUUAAAAAUAUAAAUCCUUCAAUCAUAUUCUGACAGUGAAUUAAGAUUUAUUUUAUUUUUUUUUUUGUUAAAAGUGUGUGUUGCAUUAUAUUUUUUGGAUGGAGGCAUUUACUUGUGUUUAAUAGUUUUGGUAUGCAUCAGUGCUAGUCAGUGUAUUGGAGAGGAGAUGAGAGAUGACCCUAACAUAAUAAAAGUGAAUAAUAAAAGUAUAAAAUACUGCAAA